AGGUUCUAUUUAAGACGCGGACUCGGUUCAAGGUGGACCACAUGCCUGCGCGCUGCGCGCAACACGAGGCUCCAAAUGGGAUUAUUCCGUUUUAAAAAACAAACAAACUAGGAUUUACUAACUCUUCUGCAUCUUCCGACGCGGUUGAAGACACUUUCUGAACAAAGCUGUCAAAAGCAAUGGAAGCCCGGAGAUUCGGCUUUCUUUGCUUAGUGGUGUUGAAUGCAGCAGUUCGCUAUGUGACGUCUUUGGAGCAAGACCUCACCGAUUCUAUUUUUGGUAACUUGUUGGAUCCCGUCAAAGACUUGUUUGAGCAGAAGCAUGACGCCAAUGAAACGGUGGUCAGAUUCUCCCUGCGCAGACCCUCCCACCCGGAAGAUGACCUGUGCUACAUCUUCCCCGGCCGACUCGACUCGCUGGCGGCCUGUGCAUUCAACAGCACCGCCAAAACCUUCCUCAUUAUCCACGGCUGGACGUUGAGUGGCAUGUUUGAAAGCUGGGUGGCUAAACUGGUGUCGGCGCUGUACGAGCGAGAGCUGCUGGCCAACGUCAUUGUGGUGGACUGGCUCAGGACAGCCCAGAACCACUAUGUGGUCGCAGCCCAGAACACCAAGGCGGUGGGGCAGGAGGUGGCGCGCUUCAUUGACUGGAUUGAGGAAACUACCAACAUUCCUCUUGACAACCUGCAUCUGAUUGGCUACAGCCUAGGUGCUCACGUGGCAGGCUUCGCGGGAAGCCAUGCGACAAACAAAGUUGGAAGAAUCACAGGUUUGGAUCCGGCCGGGCCCGACUUUGAGGGCAAGCACGCCCACUGGCGCCUCUCCCCAGAUGACGCCGGCUUCGUGGACGUCCUCCACACCUUCACCCGAGGCUCUCUGGGUCUCAGCAUCGGCAUCCAGCAGCCUGUGGGCCAUGUGGACAUCUACCCAAACGGAGGAAGCUUCCAGCCGGGCUGUAACCUGAGAGGCGCUCUGGAGAAGAUUGCCAACUUUGGGAUAUUUGCCAUCGCCGAUGCGGUCAAGUGCGAGCACGAGCGCUCGAUCCACCUCUUCAUCGACUCGCUGCUGAACGAGCAGGAGGCGGCCAAGGCCUACCGCUGCGGCAGCAACGACAGGUUCGACCGCGGCAUGUGCCUCGACUGCCGUAAAAGCCGCUGCAACACGGUGGGCUACGACAUCAGCAAGGUCCGCAAAGCGCGCAAUGUGCAGAUGUACACCAAGACCAGAGCCACCAUGCCAUUCAGAGUUUACCACUACCAGCUGAAGAUCCACUUCUCCAGUAAGGUCAACCGCUCGGAGAUGGAGCCCUCGCUGACCGUCUCGCUGUUUGGAACCAAAGGGGAGGCGGACAACGUGCAGCUAAAGUUGAAGGAGAAAAUCGCAACAAAUAGGACGCAUUCCUUCCUGCUGGUGACCGAAGAGAACAUCGGCGAGCUGUUGAUGUUGAAAUUCAAGUGGGAGGAGUCAAACGGCUGGUCAGCCUCCAGUAUGCUAAAGAUGGUUUCUUCCUGGUGGUCCGGCGACUCGGACGGCGCCAACAUGGAGGUGCACAAAAUUCGAAUCCGGGCUGGAGAGACGCAACAAAAGGUGGUGUUCUGCAUAAAAGAUCCCGAUUCUUCCAACUUAACACGGGAGCUUACCUUUGUCAAAUGUAAGGACGCAUGGCGACCCAACACAAAACGCACUUCCAAAAGGAGAAUAACCUUGGAGGCCCACUGACCCUGCGGAGGAAACAACCUUCACUACCCGUGUGUCCUUUUCAGCACUUAGUAGAUAAUUUAUCUGAUGUUCAUAAACCCAAAGACGGUGACUUGUAUAUAUCCACGGCAGUAUGUCCUGUUUU